AUUUUAAGUACUUGUUGAUAUUUCUAAUAAAAUAUAAGUUCAUAUUUUUACGACUGAUAAGACAAAUGAUAAAUUGAAAGUUGUUAAUAUCUUUCUUUCCUCAACAAUCUUUCAAAAUUUCCAUAAAUCUUGACCAUAAAUACCACAAAUCCUUUCUCUUUUCCGACCCCCAACAGCUUCCCAUCAUCCAAACGAUUUCAACAACCAUUCAUCUUAAAACCAAAUCAAACCCACAUGACGACAACAAAUAUUUACAUGUUGACAUGUUCAUGCUUAGGAAAAUACGGUCACUCGAAUGAAAACCGCUCAAAGGAAACAAGAAUCAAGACCCCUCAAUCGCAUUCAAAACACACCCACAUCACAAGAAGAAAAGCAGCAUCGCUAUUCCUCCUACUGUCUUGUCCAAUUCCAAUCUCCACCCAAUCGGCAUCUGCAACUGAAUCCUCGAUUCUAGACAUGUUCAGAAUGACAGUUCCUGACCAAACAGUGGAAGAAGCUGAGAAUGGAAUAAGAGAACACGCAAUGAGUUUAGUACAAGUGAAAGAGCUCUUGGAAUUGGAAUCAUGGAAAGAAGCACAAAAGGAAUUGAGAAAGAGUGCUUCUUAUUUGAAACAAGAUAUUUAUACGAUAGUUCAAGGAAAACCUGUAACAAAAAGAGCUCAGCUCCGAAGUCUUUACUCCAGACUUUUCAAUGGCGUGACGGAAUUGGAUUAUGCAGCUAGGGAUAAGGAUGUGACACGUGUAUGGAAAUUGUAUGAGGAUAUGGUUGUCACACUUGAAGAGAUAUUAUCCGAAGUGUAAUAAAAUUCAUGUAUCUUUAAUUCAUCAAUAAAACUUAGAGUAAAUAA